UUUGCAGCAGCAGGUAAAGGCGUGGUUAGUCACAUUGUGGCAGUUACCUGAGAACAACAAGAUUAAAGGACGCUGCUGGCGGCGUCUACUUUAAUCUACACACAAGAAAACAAGAUGGUGGAGCAAACUAGACAGCCGAGGCGCGUGGUGUCCCUGCAGGCUGGACCUGGGGAAGGGGACACUGACGUCCUGCUAGACGUGAACCUCAGGAUAAAUGACAGGGCUGUGCGGGCCUUUGGGAGCCAGUUGGCUGCGAUUGGAGACCAGAUGGACCGGGAGUGGGCCGGCAGACGGACCCCCUGGCUCCCCCCUCCUCUCCACAUGCUGAGACCUGCGCAGGCCCUGACCAGGACCAUAUACCGGGAUAUCCACAGGCAGUUGUGGGGCUUACAGGGCCUGUCUGCAGGGGUGAAGGCCUGGAUAGAGAGCACUGCGCCUGGGCAGGGGAUCCUCAGAGCGGACGCCUGGGCAGCCUGGGUGUCCAAUUUAAAACCAGUAGCCUGCGCUGGCUGGACCAGAGGAGCACUGGGGACGGUGGCGCUGGUGGCUGCAGUCGCCAUUUUCACUGCAAUGUGGAAGGAAUAAAAAGCCUAAAAAAAGGGCCAUAAGCAGGUCUUUUGGGCCGUUAUAUCUUUGACAAAAAAAGUUUGCAAAUGAAUCACUAUUAUUACUUACUGAUUUGUUUCUGCUGUUUACUUUGAAUUCUCUUUUUUUGUAUACUAUUUUGAUUGUAUUGCAUUUAAAAUUAUAUGACCAGAAACAGCAGUAAAAAAAAGAGUUAAAUUAGUUUAAAUUGGUUUUACAGUGUUGCCCGAAGAGAUGGCCAGUGUAUUGUAGCAGUGACAUGUUUCACAGAUGUAUUAAUGUAAAAACAAAUAUUUUACCCAUGAAUGUACUGUUGCUGGCCUGCAGUCUUUAUCCAGAUUUGUUCUUACGGGUUUAAGAGGCCACAUUUUUUACAAAUUAUAAGUAGCCCGGCUUAAUAUAAAAUGAAGGGAGCUGGACUUUCUGUGUCAGAUUUGAACAUGCUUUUUCAUGUGAUGCAAAUAAACUUCUAAAUGAUGA